UUUGAAUUUGAAAGAUUAAUAACAUGCAACGGUGCCGUUUCAUACCAUUAAUUCCCGGCAAUUGUUUCAACUACAAUCGCGUAGAGCUUUCUUGUGUAGGCUGCAGCCUCUCACUUCUGCGCGAUAAUGGCGAGAGACGCAAUGCAGGAGCACUGGAGCCUCUACGAAGCGUACAACGAGCUCCACGGCUUGGCCCUAGAGCUAGAGAUCCCAUUAGAAGAACCGGCUGUUCUAGCGGUGGGCCAUCAGACGGACGGGAAAAGCGCUUUAGUGGAUUGGCGCGGUAGGAAGACCGUCGCCCGAUUAUCCUCCAGAUAAAGCAUUCACUGAAUUUGAAAAUUUGAGGCUGGAGGGAGAAUUGUGCCAAUUUUCAGCUAGGACUGUCCCAAUGGGCUUAUUGCUCCUGCACCAGAGCCAAGCUCGUGCUGUGGAGUCUCCUUUACGAGCAAAAAUGCAGCAUAAAGAAUUCAUUAUAUUAUGUCUUGAAGAUUGUAGUGAUUGGAGUAUUGCAACUAAUGGAAGGGCAGUAAUGCAAGUAGGUGUCCUUUCAACUUCCUAUUGCAUCUCCUCUCCAUUACUUAGAUUUCUGAAAUUCAGAUAGGAAUAAGAUUAAUUUUAGGUUAUCCAUUACAGCUUCUUGCAUGUGCUUUUCAUUAAUGAAAUUUUAGCUUCCUUCCAUACUGAUUUAGCCUUAAUUUCAUUAAUUUUAUUAGCUUAGGAUAUAUGCGCUGCCAUAGUUAGAAGUUAGAAGCUUUGCAAGUGAUUCUCAGAACAGACGUGCUGUAGUUGAAUGUGUCUAAAUAGACAUGCUGUUUUGGUAUGGUUAAGUGAUCAAAUUCUUCCUUUGCCAAAUGUUUGAAAAUGAGGGUUAAAAUCCACCUCAAAGAUUAGCUUUUACUGGUAGCUUUUAUCGCUUUACAGUCCAUUGAGCCUCCACAUGGAAAAUAAAUGUAAUUAAAAAGAAAUCUAACCGGAGGGCACAAAAGAUGAGACCAAUGUUUCAUAUGCCAAUAUGAGAAAGAUCCAAUAUGUGGUCGUCUCUUUGCAACAAAGGACCAAUUCGCUGUCUUCUAGGAAACCAUAUUAGCAUAAGCAGUCCAACAAAUCAUGGCCCCUAGCUGACAUACGAAUCACAUUUACUGGUGCAGGGCCCUAGGGCAAAACCCAUGAGUGGAAGGCCUUGUCCUACCAGAGGGAUGUGAAGUGGACUCUCAAGGAGAGUAGAGUCUGGAUGCUUCAUACGAGUUUCCUUCCAGUGCAAGGAAAGCGAGAUCGAAUCCAUUAUACUCAAAAGGCAUUAUCAUUGUCUGGCUGAUGAACUUUUAGAUUAGGGAAUGUAAGAAUCAGCGGUAUUUGAGAAGGUCUGCUUAAUCCAUUGAUUUCAUAUAUUCAUAAUCCACUCAAGUCCGUUUCUAUCACUCUGAAUUUAACUGGUUUUGAUUUUAAGUUAGACCGGUCUGUUUCAGAACCGGAUUGUGGCCAUUACUAAUAAAGAGCAAGUGAAGUGGAAAGUGAAAAGGUUAGUAAGUAAGAUGUUAAGAAUAAAAUAUUAGGAGCAAGGAAUCAAUUGGUUGGACAUGUAAUUAAGCAAGGAAGCCUUUCUAUAGGCGUCUCUGUUUAUAGAUUCACUCUCUUCCACACGUAUUCUUCCAUUCCAUUCCCUUUAUCGCCAUGCACUCAUAUAAGAACUUCACCUGUAAUAUCUCAGUUCUCCAUGUAAACACAGCUUUUCGAAGUGUAUUUGAGAUGACUCCAAACCUCAGCUCCUCACUAGCUUUCUUUUUCAUCUUCUUUGCUUUUGCUUCAGGGCAAAAUGCUUCCACAAUGCAAAAUACUUCCACAACUACGAAAACAUUCACGUUGUAUAACCACUGCAAAGCAACGAUAUGGCCUGGAAUUAUAACAAAAGGUGACAGCGGCCGUGGAAAUGGUUUCACUUUAAACCCAGGCCAAACUGCAUUCUACACUGCUCCAACUGGCUGGAGCGGCCGGAUAUGGGCUCGAACAAACUGCAAUUUUGACAAAAAUGGCACUGGAUCAUGUCAAACAGGCAGCUGUGGCACCUCUCUGAAUUGCUCACGCCCAAGUAGCCCACCCAACACAAUUGCCGAAUUCACCCUUGGAGAUAUCGAUUUUUACGAUGUUAGCCUUGUUGAUGGGUUUAACUUGCCCAUAGUAGUUCAACCUCUUAAUGGUAAAGGGAAUUGUAGCAUUGCUGGUUGUGAUGGAGAUGUUCGGAAUAGUUGCCCGUCGGAGCUCUCCGUUAGGUCUGAUGGGAAGGUUAUUGCUUGCCGGAGCGCAUGCAACGUGUUUGACACUGAUGAGUAUUGCUGUAGAGGAGCAUACAGUGAUCCUGUAGCAUGUGUACCCUCUAAUUAUUCCAGGGGGUUUAAGCAAAUAUGCCCUGCAUCAUCUAGCUAUGCAUUUGAUGGGGAUGCAACAAGUAUCAUAACAUGCUCUGCAUCAGACUACAUUGUCACUUUUUGUGCAUCAAGGAAUCAAACUUUCUGCAGUUACCACGACAAUAAGGUCAUAUGCAAUGAUACAAGAAGUGGCUCAAAAGCACUGCUACCUCAAGGAUGGUGGAAUCUGAUGGUGACAUUGCCUUUGGCAUUUAUCUUGCAAACCAAAAUUUAGCAGUAUCUGCAAUUCUGUAUAGUGUGAUUCAUUUUUGAAAUGAAAGAUUUGAAUUUCCCCA